AUGAUUAAGCGAAACAAGACCGGCUGCAUCUCUUGCAGAAUCCGUCGUGUAAAAUGCGACGAGGCUAGACCUCAAUGUCUUCGCUGCCAAUCUGCCAAGAGGAUGUGCGAUGGGUAUCUACCGGAAGGCCGUGUCAUGUCCCGGCGCCAGAUGCUUGAUGCGUUGAAGAACAACCCUGCCAUAGGUCCGGCGUCCCAAACUCUGGCAGGAAAUAUACCGAUGCCCUCAUCAGCACCUAUUCCGGUCUUUGUAGCAAUGUCUCCAUCUCAGGAUACGGUCCAUUUUGACUACUUCCGAAAGGCGACAGUACCCAAUACCGACUCCUUCAUCCCUUCAUCUUUUUGGGACCAAGACAUUUUACAGCUCGCUUACACCGAACCGGCUAUAUGGCAUGCUACCCUGGCUCUCGGAGCUCUACACCGCAGAUGGGAGCUGCAGUUUCUCGGUGUCGAGAUGACUACACUGAUCCACCGUGCCACGAGCCAUUACGGAAAAGCGAUGGCGCUCGCCAAAGAUCUCAAGUCGACAGAAAAAGUCCUCGCCUUGAGUCUCUCGCUAAUUGCUUCUGCCAAUAUGCUCGGCUUCUGGGCCGACUCCCAUAUGCACUUAUUUGCUGGUUUUCGAAUUCUUGCGCAGAACCAAGCCCUUUCGUCCUCGAGUGAGGGUAAACGGCUCUCUUCUACACUGAUACGCCUGGAUAUGCAGUCAAUCACAUUCAGUGAUACCAAAUCUCCAUAUCCUUUUGUCGAAGCGUCGAUAAGCGGAGGUCUAGGACAAACUGUGUACAGGGAAGACACGCCGUUUUCCUCAUACUCAGAUGCCGCCAGCAUGGUAUUUGCACUCAUGCGGCGGCUAUUGCUACUCGACCAAACGUUCCAUGAUGGGGCAAUGUCCGAGAAUACAUUCAAAGUAGCGCGCAAGACUCUGACACGGGAUACCGAAUUGUUCGAAACCAAGAUGGCCGAGUUUGAGUCCAGUGGCCUUCAGUUUCUUCAUGCGGACGCCGCCAUAUCCAUCCGAAUAUAUCACGCAUGGCUUAGGCUCAUACUGAAGGUAAGCCUUUUCGGCGCAGAAACCAGAUUCGACAACUGCCUCGGGCAUAUGCAACAUCUCACCACCUUGGCCUAUGCGUUUAUACACAGAAAGGGCCCCACCAAAUCCCUUGAGCUUAGUCUUGAGCCCGCGGUAGUUGCCCCCCUCUUUGAGAUCGGGAAGAGAUGUAGACACCCUGCACUCCGGCGGCAUGUACUAAAACUAAUGAAGGAGAUGAAUCGCCACGAAGGGAUGUGGAGAAGCGACGGGGCCGCCGUGACGAUAGAUUCCAUCAUGGAAGUAGAAGAACAGGGGUUUACGGAAGAGUACGAACGUUUCUCUUCUGGUUACGACAAUCAUUGCGCGUCGAAAGAUGUUCAAAAAGAGGCACUUGCUAUACCUUGGGCUACAUGGUCAUUAGAGGGCUAUGAGCCUGCCACCAUGUAUGGUUGGAGAAAUGUCCAGCAGAUCCCCGAGAGGAAGCGGGUAGCUUUGGUGAUGGCCGCCCCUGAGUUCAAGUCCAGAAUCCUGGACCUGAAGUUAUUCAUGAGCUCGAUGGACACAACGCAGCCAAAUGGAGAGAUCAAGGAAAUUAGAGUCAGCUACUAA